GAUAUCGUGAUAGUGUAUAAUCAUUCAAGGAUUUUGCCAUUGGGCGAGUGAUUUCCUCAUAAUUUCUGCAUGCUGCCUGACUCAGGACCGAUCAAUCAUUGCACGAAUUAUCGAUCCUACUUUGGUAGACGUAUUACAAAGAAUGAGUAGCUUUUCUGAAUGGUUUUGGAACGAUUCAUUUUGGUUCCCUGAUGGAGUCUCUUUUCGAGAUUUUGAGGACUCGCCGGAUAUUACUUAUGCUAAGCCACGUGACAUGUUGUACGUUCCUGUCAUUGGAUUGGCGAUAUUUGGUUUCAGAAUACUGUUUGAACGAUUUAUCGCUCUACCGAUUGCCAAGUACCAUCAAGUAUCUGACGGCAAAGAACGAAAGCCACCGAAGCCAAAUGUAAAGCUAGAAAAAUUUUAUAAAGAAAUAUCAAGACAUCCGACCGAGGAACAAGUUGACAGUAUUUCGAAACGAUUCGAUAUACCACGUUCGUCAGUUCGAAGUUGGUUCAGACGGAAAAGAAAUUGGGGAAGACCUGAUACCCAAACCAAAUUUUUAGAAACAAGCUGGCGAUUUGUUUUUUACUCCGGAGUUUUUACAUAUGGUUUUGGAUUUCUCUGGAAGGCUCCAUGGUUAUGGGACCACGCACAAUGUUGGAUCGGGUUUCCGCAUCAGAACCUUGAUAAAGCAACAUAUAUCUAUUACAUCGCCGAAGCCAGUUUUUACACUUCUUUGUUACUGUCUAUCAUGAAAGAUGUCAGAAGAAAGGACUUCUUCGAACAGCUGAUUCAUCAUAUUGCAACGCUAUUCCUCAUUAUUUUCUCUUAUUUUGCAAACUUUGUUCGAGUCGGUACGCUAGUGAUGGCUAUUCAUGAUAUAUCAGAUAUUUUUCUGGAAGGAGCAAAAUGUGUUUCAUACCUCAAAUACGCAAAAACAUCGGAGAUUCUUUUUAUUAUAUUUGCAAUUACGUUCAUCGUUACAAGAAUCAUUAUUUUUCCGUUUUGGAUUAUUCACACAAGUGCAAUAAAAAGCUUUGCCAUCAUUGGUCCGUUUGCAUCUUGCUAUUUCUUCAACGCACUAUUAGGCGUUUUACAGUGUCUACAUUUAUACUGGGCAUCUAUUAUAUUGAGAAUGGCUUGGAAAAUGCUGUUUCCUGUAUCAGGCGAGGCCCUAAAAGACGAUCGCAGUGAUACCGAAGAAUUGUCCGCAGAUGACGAAGAUCAGAAAAAAGACAUAUAGAAACAUUUAUCAAUAACUAUUU